UCCUGGAUGCAGUCCUGAGUGAUGUGCUCUGGGCAAUCCUGCUUUGCCAGGGGAGUUGGACUAGAUGAUCUCUAGAAGGUCCCUUCCAACUCCGACAAUUCCAUGAUUCACCCAUCCCCUGUACCUUUUGAAACACUUCGCAGCAAGUGUUGAUUAAAACCAGCGUUGCCCCUGCUUUGGUUUUCAGGUUCAUCAUGUCUUAUUUUUGUUCUGCAGCCUGCUCUUAACACGCUAAAGGUGUUACGGUGCUUUACGGCACUCGUAAAAGACAAACUUCCUACCAAAAGCACGCUAUUUAUUCUGGUUAAAUAACAGUUUUGUAGACUGACUUAGAAGGUAGUUAAAAAAAUUCAUCCCAGCCCUGAAAAUUAAUAUGCAUAGUCUUACAGAUCAUGUGAACAUGCAAUAUACAGUAAGUUUUUUUAAUCAUCAUUACGAAUUUUAGUACAGCAGGCCAAGUGUGUCACUUCCAGUAAGUCCUGUCAAUCUCCUGCAGAAAUCAGCAUUAUGAAACUGUUCUAUCUCUGCGUCUGUCAAUUAGAAAACUUUUGAACCCGUUGGCUAAUUUCAGCCAGACUUGAUAGGCAGAAAUGUCUGUCUGAAAACGAACAGAUGGGGAGAGGAGGAAAAUCUGAAAUCUGCACUCUGCUGCAAGAAAGGCAGGCAUAAAUGAGCCCUUUUUCGUUCUUUCUAGCAGUAGGUGACUGGGCAAUUGCUGUAUGCAGAGUUCUUCAUUAACCAUUACAUGAAUGAGAAGCGGGAGGAAAAUUGUCUGUUAUAGGAAGUGGAAAAGACCUGCAGAUAUUGUUGUGGAUGGGGAAAGGAAUUUAGAGGACAAAAGUUACAAAACUUGGUUUCUCAAGAGGUUUGCAACUUUAGCUUCUAACAGCACAGCUUGCUUUUUUUCUUUUUCUUUUAAAUGUCCCUUCCUUAGCAGGCUUCUGGGUUUAUUUGUUUGGGCGUUUUUUAAGCAAACAGUUCCUAACAUCCCCUUUGUACUGACUUCUCUAUAAACCAUGCUUUAAAGAUCUUGAGGUACACUUUGGCUGACGCACUGUGUUCCUUCCAGACCUGCUUAUUUCAAACAGCCUUUUCCCAAAUUUAAAAAAAAAAUGGCAUAUGUUAAGUACCUCUCUCUGACAGUAGUCUCAGUCUUCAAGCAGUUCUGUUUUAUAGGGUAAAAAUGAACGUAGGAGUUGCCCACAGCGAGGUAAAUCCAAACACCCGGGUGAUGAACAGUCGUGGAAUGUGGCUGACGUAUGCGCUCGGAGUUGGCAUGCUGCACAUUGUCUUGCUCAGCAUUCCUUUCUUUAGUGUCCCUGUCGCCUGGACUUUAACAAAUGUGAUUCACAACCUGGGAAUGUAUGUGUUUUUGCAUGCAGUAAAGGGAACUCCUUUUGAAACACCUGAUCAGGGGAAAGCUAGGCUACUAACACACUGGGAACAACUGGAUUAUGGAGUACAAUUUACAUCUUCAAGAAAAUUCUUCACAAUCUCUCCUAUAAUUCUGUACUUCCUGGCCAGUUUCUACACAAAGUAUGAUCCAACACACUUUAUCCUCAACACCACCUCUCUCCUGACUGUUCUUAUCCCCAAGCUGCCACAGUUGCACGGCGUCCGAAUCUUUGGCAUCAAUAAAUAUUAAGGAGAAGGUUUGACAGUGACUGCCCCUGCUGUGGCUACCGGUGCUCCCCAGGUGAAGGAAACGAGCAGCCUGCUGUGCCAUGUAUCUAACCAUAUUCCAUGAGAGAUGCUUUUGCAUCCGAGAUGAAAUGACUACUCCCUGCUGCAGCAUUGUCUGGGAUAAAGGCUGAGUUCAUAAGAAGAUGCCUUCUGGUACUUAAAUGUGAAUUGGAAACCUCUAGAAGGAAGAUUUCCAUGGAGAACUGGGCAGGCCCAGCUCUAAAGCCUAAUCCCCACUCGGAGAGUGUAUGUGCCUGGCGGAUGCGAGUGACUUUUGAGGACGGCGCGAGUGACAGUUGCCAUGGAGAGGGAUGUUUCACAAACACCCAGCCGACCAUAACCCAAAUGGGGACUUGACAUAUAAAUCCGGGCUCCUCGGUGCCGAGGGCUGCUGAAGCCUCGUUCUUCGAUUAAGUGAAAGUAGCUACUAGAUCCUGCUGUGUGGUUUGUAGGUGGUUGUGCUCGUUAUUGCGUUGUAAAAGUG